AUUUCCGCUUCCCCUCUUCUCGCAGUGAGAAAGAAACGGUCUGGCUGUUUGUGACGAAGCGGAAGAAGCGACAACACCGCAGGAAAAGACUAUUCGUGAUUAAAUAACAAAUCAAUUGGAGGAUAGUCUGUCUGGCUAUUUGAGUCCAUGACCAGACAGUGAGAACGGAGAGGAGGGCUUGAAGGUAGCCUUUUCGUUGGUUAAGGCUUAGAGGACUGUAGAGUUUCCAGGGGAAAAGAUGAGUGAUGGAAUGGUAUUGUGUGAGACGAGAGCCCUGGCCUCCUCUUCCUCUCCAGUCCACAGGCUGGCUACGUCUGCAAUCCUCUUCCUCCUCCUCUCCCUGCUCCCCCACGGACACGCAUCAGGAUGCCCUCAGCCUCUGGCUGUACAGCACGGGGAGCUGGUGAACCAGACGGAGGCCAACCGAGGCUCCUUCCCUCCUGGUACCCUGCUGUCCUAUGGCUGUGAGCCGGGCUACUCCCCCGAUGGACCCGCCACCAUCACCUGUACCACGGCUGGGACAUGGACCCGCCUGCCUCUACGCUGCAUCAGCACUAAUGUGUGCCCCCCUCCCACGGAGCCAGAGAACGGAGGGUACAGGUGCCACCCGUCCCCUGCCACCUCCUCACCGAAGACCGUGAUAGAGUACUUCUGUGACGAGGGCUACGCUCUGAAGGGGGACUACAAGUUCCUCACCUGUCAGAAUGGGGAGUGGGACGCACCCAUGCAGAUCACCUGCCGCCUCAGCCCAGAUAAGGAGCUGCGGUCUCCAAUGGCGAUGCCAGCGCUGUCCAUCGUAGCGUCCACAGCCUCCUCUGUGGCCCUCCUGCUGCUGCUGGUGGUGCUGUUUGUUCUGCUGCAGCCCAAACUCAAGUCCUUCCACCACAGCAGGCGUGAGCAGGGUGUAUCAGGCCAGUCAGCCUCCAUGGUGGUGGAGGGGCUCCAGGUGGCCCUCCCCUCCUAUGAGGAGGCGGUUUACGGUAGCGGAGGUGCCUCCCUCCCACCGCCUCCAGAGUCCCGGGUCCAGAUUGUCCUGUCUGAGGGGCCCCAGGGGGCCGAAGGGCCCAGCAGUAGGUCUCAGUCCCACCAUCACAGAGAUACAGAGUUGUGCCUCCCCUCCACAUCCUCCUCCUCUUCUUCAUCCUCCCGUCGCGCAGAGACAGUACUAGUCCACCAGGCCCCCUCCUCCUCUUCGUCGUGGGUUACGGAGCACGGAGGAGGUGCGUGUGGUGGUGUCCCACCCCUGGUCACUCUGGCCAGACGUAGAGACUCCGAGAGCAGCGACCAGCACAGCCUGCUUUCUGUCACCUCCGUAGACGACUUCUCUGAUGAUAUCCCCCUGUUAAAGGAAGCCUGAUGCCCCUGCAGCAGGACCACUCCCCCUUACAGCUGACCAGGAAACACUGAGGCUUCUGAUGGGGCCUUCUACCUGAAUACCACCCUACCCUACAGCUGACCAGGAAACACUGAGGCUUCUGAUGGGGCCUUCUACCUGAACUAUACCACCCUACCCUACAGCUGACCAGGAAACACUGAGGCUUCUGCUGGGGCCUUAUACCUGAACUAUACCACCCUACCCUACAGCUGACCAGGAAACACUGAGGCUUCUGCUGGGGCCUUCUACCUGAACUAUACCACCCUACCCUACUGCUGACCAGGAAACACUGAGGCUUCUGCUGGGGCCUUCUACCUGAACUAUACCACCCUACCCUACAGCUGACCAGGAAACACUGAGGCUUCUGAUGGGGCCUUCUACCUGAACUAUACCACCCUACCCUACAGCUGACCAGGAAACACUGAGGCUUCUGCUGGGGCCUUAUACCUGAACUAUACCACCCUACCCUACAGCUGACCAGGAAACACUGAGGCUUCUGCUGGGGCCUUAUACCUGAACUAUACCACCCUACCCUACAGCUGACCAGGAAACACUGAGGCUUCUGCUGGGGCCUUCUACCUGAAUUAUACCACUCAACCCUACAGCUCUGAACCACAGAACUACAAAAUGACCCAGCGUACCAAAAACAGGAAUCAUGUCAAAGAAACUCAACCUCCCUCCACUUCUGCAACUUCUCACACGGCUCAAAGACAAGAGCAGAGUCCAACUUCACCCCCAACUAUUACCAACCGUGAAAUUAGACAAACUAUUUCCACCACCAGUAUCCUCUCCCCAUGUCCCGGCUACCCCUUCUGCAAUGAUCUCUAAACUACCACCCAUGUACAGAAAACACAAGACUGCUCCCUCUCUCUCUUACUGGGAACUAACGAGCCCUUAAUGCCUACUGCCCCCCUCAGCUUCAGAAUGGACCUCAACACAGGCAGGCAGACAGGCAGACAGGCAGACAGGCAGACAGGCAGACAGACAGACAGACAGACAGACAGACAGACAGACAGACAGACACACGCAAACAGACAGGCAGACAGACAGACAUCAAGUGGUUUCAGCUGAAUAUAGAUAUAUAUGUAUAAAAGCAUACAAUCUCAGAGUCCAGGUUUGGUACUGUCUGUCUGUCUCACUAUGUACACAGCAGAGUCCAGGUUUGGUACUGUCUGUCUGUCUCACUAUGUACACAGCAGAGUCCAGGUUUGGUACUGUCUGUCUGUCUCACUAUGUACACAGCAGAGUCCAGGUUUGGUACUGUCUGUCUGUCUCACUAUGUACACAGCAGAGUCCAGGUUUGGUACUGUCUGUCUCACUAUGUACACAGCAGAGUCCAGGUUUGGUACUGUCUGUCUGUCUCACUAUGUACACAGCAGAGUCCAGGUUUGGUACUGUCUGUCUCACUAUGUACACAGCAGUCAUUUAUGUAUAGCUCUGUUACACAGAACACACGUCUCUCUAGGCCUGCACCUGAUCAACCACACUCCCAAAGGCUUCAUCUCCAACUGCAAGGUUAGUGGAAAACAUACUGAUGUUUUUACCACGGCUGCUGAUGGUGAUGAUGACUGUGGAUACAGAUCUGAACUUGUGCCUCUCUAGUGGGGAUAAAGAGUAUCUCUCUUCAGUGAGGACUGUCUUGGUUUGGGCCUGGGCUUUGUUCGCUGGCAUAUGCUGCAUGUUCUCUCUGUGUCUCUGUGUCUCUGUGUCUCUCUCUCUCUCUGUCUGUCUCUGUGUCUCUCUCUCUGUCUCUGUGUCUCUCUCUCUCUCUCUCUGUCUCUGUGUCUCUCUCUCUCUGUCUCUGUGUCUCUCUCUGUCUCUCUCUCUCUCUCUGUCUGUCUCUGUCUCUGUGUCUCUCUCUCUCUGUCUCUGUGUCUCUCUCUCUCUCUCUGUCUGUCUCUGUGUCUCUCUCUCUCUCUCUCUCUGCCUCUCUCUCUCUUUCUUUCUGUAACGUCCUGCGGCCCACACGGUAACCUUGUCUGUCCACUCUGAAUGAAGCUAAACAUGAAGUCCCUCUCCAACUCUGCUGCCACUCUGGCAUCUCCAAGUAGGGCAUUGUCUUGGGUCAGACAGCAACACUUUUGUCUAGUGUUUCGUAGGAGUGAGGCCACCUGUCAGAAGACAAUGCACCAUGGGAUGGAUUGAGCACGUCACCAGAGCCAGGGUUAUAAACAGACCGGCUUGCCCAGACAGAUCUGUGUCAUGAGAAAAAGAAGAUUAACGACACGCUUGCCUUUUUUUUCUGUUCGUCACAACAACCGAUACCUGUUAUGUGUUCUGCUCCCUUGUUGAUGUGGCUAUCUGGGGUGUCUUAGUGGCUACAGUAUCUUCUAGACACCGUGUGUGUGUGUGUGUGUGUGUCUGUGUGUGUAUUUGGCCGUGGAACUGAACAACACAUCAUGACUGUUUCAUGAAGGAAGAGUGUUACGCUGUGAUGUUAAAUUAACUAAGGCCUUGUUCUGUUCAAAGCAGGGGAGUUUCAUUUUUUUCAUGAUGAAAACCAUGUUGAUUUGUGUGUUUGGUGACUGCACAUUGGGUAAUAUAUAUUUGUUUUCCAAUCUAUUUAUUAUGUGUGUGUGGUGUGUGUGUGUGUGUGGGCAGGUUGGGUUUACAAGGAUGGAAUAUCGUCCCAUUUUCUGCAGAGUUGCUUCAAAACUGUUAGUAACCUUGCGGAUCUGAAUCUUUUAAAAGCUGAAAAUCCUUGCUCAAAAACCAGCGCAUUGUAAACAACCAUUUUUCUUUUGUUUUCAUUAAAUGUUUGUUUUAAAUGUUCAGUUCAAAUUUGAAUGAGCACAGCUUUAAUGCAUCUCUGGUGUGUGAGGAAAGCAGGUCAUAUGCGUUUGGGAGAUGAGGUCACCACCCGAGUCCAUUAGUUCCAGACAGGGUCUGAGUUGAGUCGUUGUUUGAACUCCUUUUUCCACAUUUGGGUUUUUUAAAUGUGUUAAUUUGUGACUGUCUGUUCACCUGUCGUUUGGCAAUUACUUCAUAAACGCAAGCAGAGAAUGUUGCCUCUCAUUUACUUCAGAUUUUGUUUGUAAUUUGCAUCGCAAGUUUCCUCCAUAUUUACCUGUUUUGCGAUGUUGAAACGUCUUCUGUGUUUCCCUUUGACUUUACUAGUCAUAUACAACUGUGUUUUUUGGAUUUUAAAUAAAGUCCAUCCUCUUCUCUCUCUCUCUCUCCUCCCCAAGGCUUCUUCAGCAACGGUGAUAUUCAAAAGGCUAAGCAUCUAAAACAAAUACCUUUUUUCUUCUUCUCUGUCUUAAGAAAUUGUAAAUGUUGCAUUGAAGUGUAAAAAAAAAAAAAAUGAACAUUUUGAAUAAUUUUUCUGGCGUCCAGACCACUGUUCUACGGUUUCCUGUUUCCUAGAAAAGGACAAAAGAAAAAUCAUGUCCAUCUCUUGAUUCUGCAUUUCAAUGAUUUCAUGUUUUGGUUUUCCUCUGUACAUUGCAAUGGGCGUGAAGAUGAUAGUAUUUUAAUAUUUGUACAAAGUUUAAUUUAAUUCUACCAUGUGUACAUAACUAUUUCUUAUUAAAGCUUUCUUUUGAAAUGUG